AUAUGUAUUUAAUACACAUGUCUGUUCCUGGGUUUAUUUUGGUUUGAUUUUUUUUUUUCUUCUUUUGAAAAAUCGACGAAACCAACGUCCGAAUCAAAAUCCAUUCAAUUAAUCGUUAUCAGCUGUUGGCCAACAAUAAAUUAGAAACAACAACAAAUCAAAAAUAAUGGCAACUAAAUGCAAUGAUAGCUUUCAAAUACACAAUUAUUCAUUUGCAGCAAUUGAAGCGUUUAUCCUUGAAGUAAAAAAAUAUCCGAUCAUCUACAAGGAACAAUCCAAAGACAUGGAUAUGCCAUGGUCAAUGAUUGUAACCACGCUUUUGGAAAAUGGGGCUGAUUAUACUCUUACUUUAUCGCAAAGAAUUUAUUGGGAGAGAAUAUACCGUGGAUUAUGGAUGUGGAUGCGUCACAUCUUGACUAGAGACAUGGUUGGAAGAUAUUUGGGUCAAAGUGCGCUAAGCAAAAAUCCAAAAUACUCUUGGUUGGAUUAUCUUAAAUUCGUUGAACCAUUCAUUCAACUGGGUGAAAAUUCCUUCCAUUAUGACGCUGAUUUGGAUCCUUUUAUUCAUUUGCAAGUCUUUUCAACCGAAGAAGUAGCCAAAACGGUAUAUUGCGACUACAUGGUUUAUUGGAAACAGUCUCAAGAAGAACUGGGUGCUGAUACAUAUUAUAUUUCAAUCUGUGUUCAUACAGUGGAAAAUCUUGGUCAAUUCUUACAAAAUAUAAAUGGAACUGAAGACAAGGCAGAGGUUGCAAUUCCGUCCGAAAACACUGAUUCGGUUUCACCAAUUUUAUCUACAACACCGAAUGAUAUGACUCCGGAGGAAGUUACAAAUUUUAUUGAAGAACAAUUGAUGUCUUAUUUGACUGAAGACACGGGUUAUGAUGAUUUCCUAAGCGGUUAUAUUUCAGGCGUUGAAAAACAUAACGCAUAGGCAUUUUUUUUUUAUAUUUUAGACUAAGGAUGGUUAUGUUGAUUUUGUUAAGUUUAAACAAUAAGAGUUUUUUUCAUUAAAUUAAUCCAAUUUUUAUAAAUA